CUGGUCAUCAAAUUAGAGCCUCAAAGUUUGUUACGAGAAGUAUUGUUUGAUUCACCCACCUACUUCUCACAAUGCGCGUGACUGAUCUCGAUUUACCAGACCACCCAUCAAAAUUGGCAUGCUGUUCUAAGGAAACUUCAUUAAAAUAUAGCCUUUUUUCCCCUAUAAUUAAUUACAAGUUUGUGAGAUUGUGGCAUUUUCAGAGCACUCUGUUAAAGAAAAACAGAACACCCUGCAUUUUCUUCGCCAUUGUUUCAAAAGAUAGCAAAGGGAGUAACUGGUAGGUACUGCUGAAGUCAGUAUGGGAACAAUGUUGCUCCCGUAAAAGGCACAUUAUACAUAUACCUAGAAUUCUUCAACUACACCAUGGGUUUAAGGGGACUGCAAGUUUCACUGGUGUUUACUUGGCUAUUAGCAAUUGUGCUUUUCAAGCUUGCCCCGAUGUUUAAGAGCCAAAUGCAGGGCUGCUCUGUUCAGGAUGUAGACCUUGGGCAGUGUUUCAAUCAAGGUAUUAAUUCUUCCAUUGAGAUUGCAUGCUGCAAGGCCCUUAAUCAAGUCGUCCAAACCGGAUAUAAUUGCCUGUGCUCACUGUUGUCAUCGUUUAUUGCUCCUUCAAGCACCCCACUGUCAUUGCCAUUGUCAAAUUGUUACAUAUCAGUGCCUUCUUUGACCCUUUGUCGAGUUCUAGCUCCAAUGCCAGUGGUGCUUCCACCAGAUAGUCCGGAAAGAAAUCUUACUCUACCUUCUGCGCCUUCUAUAGAUGUUCUUGCUCCCCCAGCUCAGGAUCAGAUUCAGGUUCCCUUGAACUUGACUGAGGACAACAACCACGCUGAAGAACAAAGGAAGCCGCAUUCAAUUGAAAAUUCAGUCCCGGCAUUGUACGUGUCUGAUAUGAGAAACGGGACAUCAAAUGGAAAGGAGAAAACCAAGAUGUUGGCUCAUCAAAUUUCGUUGUUGUUGUCCUUGGCUCUUCAGGGAUGUAUCUUAUUAGCUUAAAACUUCAAUCUUGCUUUUCGAAGCCAUGCAGAUGCAGAUUACACUA